AUGGCUAUGACUUGGAUUGUCUUUUAUCUUUGGCCUUUGACUAUAUUUAUGGAGCAUAUAGUGGGGCACAGUUUGUUUUCUUGUGAACCUAUUACAUUGAGAAUGUGCCAAGAUUUGCCUUAUAAUACUACCUUCAUGCCUAAUCUUUUGAAUCAUUAUGACCAACAGACAGCAGCGUUAGCAAUGGAGCCCUUCCACCCUAUGGUGAAUCUGGAUUGCUCUCGGGAUUUCCGGCCGUUUCUUUGUGCACUCUAUGCUCCUAUUUGUAUGGAAUAUGGACGUGUCACACUUCCCUGUCGUAGGCUGUGUCAGCGAGCCUACAGCGAGUGUUCGAAGCUCAUGGAAAUGUUUGGUGUUCCUUGGCCUGAAGACAUGGAAUGUAGUAGGUUUCCAGAUUGUGAUGAGCCAUAUCCUCGACUUGUGGACCUGAAUUUAGCUGGAGAGCCCACAGAAGGAGCCCCAGUGGCAGUGCAGAGGGACUAUGGUUUUUGGUGUCCCCGCGAGUUGAAAAUUGAUCCCGAUCUUGGCUAUUCUUUUUUACGUGUGCGUGAUUGUUCACCUCCUUGUCCAAAUAUGUACUUUAGGAGAGAAGAACUUUCAUUUGCUCGAUAUUUCAUAGGAUUGAUUUCAAUCAUUUGCCUCUCUGCCACAUUGUUUACUUUUUUAACUUUUUUGAUUGAUGUUACAAGAUUCCGCUAUCCUGAAAGGCCUAUUAUAUUUUAUGCAGUCUGCUACAUGAUGGUAUCAUUAAUUUUCUUCAUUGGAUUUUUGCUUGAAGACCGAGUAGCCUGCAAUGCCUCUAGCCCUGCACAGUAUAAAGCUUCCACAGUGACACAAGGAUCUCAUAAUAAAGCCUGCACCAUGCUUUUUAUGGUACUCUAUUUCUUUACUAUGGCUGGCAGUGUUUGGUGGGUAAUUCUUACCAUCACGUGGUUUUUGGCAGCUGUACCAAAGUGGGGCAGUGAAGCUAUCGAGAAGAAAGCCUUGUUAUUUCACGCCAGUGCAUGGGGCAUCCCUGGAACUCUAACUAUCAUCCUUUUAGCGAUGAAUAAAAUUGAAGGUGACAAUAUUAGUGGCGUGUGUUUUGUUGGCCUCUACGAUGUUGAUGCAUUGAGAUAUUUUGUUCUUGCUCCCCUCUGCCUUUAUGUGGUAGUUGGGGUUUCUCUCCUCUUAGCCGGCAUUAUAUCCCUAAACAGAGUUCGAAUUGAAAUUCCAUUAGAGAAGGAAAAUCAAGAUAAAUUGGUGAAGUUUAUGAUCCGGAUUGGUGUUUUCAGCAUUCUGUAUCUUGUACCACUCUUGGUUGUAAUUGGAUGCUACUUUUAUGAGCAAGCUUACCGAGGCAUCUGGGAAACGACAUGGAUACAAGAGCGCUGCAGAGAAUAUCACAUUCCAUGUCCAUAUCAGGUUCCUCAAAUGAGUCGCCCCGAUCUGAUCCUCUUUCUGAUGAAAUACCUGAUGGCACUCAUAGUUGGUAUUCCUUCCAUUUUCUGGGUUGGAAGCAAAAAAACAUGCUUUGAAUGGGCCAGUUUUUUCCAUGGUCGUAGAAAAAAAGAAAUAGUGAAUGAGAGCCGCCAGGUACUCCAGGAACCUGACUUUGCGCAGUCACUCCUGAGGGACCCAAACACUCCUAUUAUAAGGAAAUCAAGAGGAACAUCCACUCAAGGAACAUCCACGCAUGCGUCUUCAACUCAGCUGGCUAUGGUGGACGAUCAGAGAAGUAAAGCAGGGAGUGUCCACAGCAAAGUAAGCAGCUACCAUGGCAGCCUCCACAGAUCGCGUGAUGGCAGGUAUACUCCCUGUAGUUACAGAGGCAUGGAGGAGAGACUACCUCAUGGCAGUAUGUCGCGGCUCACGGACCACUCCAGGCACAGCAGUUCUCAUCGACUCAAUGAGCAGUCACGACACAGCAGCAUCAGAGAUCUCAGUAAUAACCCCAUGACUCACAUCACACAUGGCACCAGCAUGAACCGAGUUAUUGAAGAAGAUGGAACCAGCGCUUAA